AUGGAGAACAAGAUGAACGGAAGGAUGAGCUCCAUGUGUGUUGCUACCAUCGUGGAUUCCACCGACACCCGAGUGGGGGGGGACUCCAGUGAAGCCGGGUACGUUAAUAUUAAACUCUCCAGCGAGGCACAGGCUCUAACCUGCAUGGCGUCCUCCGUGCGUAAUUACGCACACGGCGCUGGCGGAGGCGCACUGAUCCACGGGCUCCACUCCAGCGUGGAGGGCGCAGUGUUUAAAGAUAACUUGCUCGAUGCUUCAAAACACUUCUACGACCGCGGCAGUGAGUUUGUGAAGUGUAACAAUGUGCCGUGGGAAGACUUUGUCAAAGUGCAGAGGACGGACGUGGACAGUUUGCCAGGCGCGCUGACAACCGGAGCGUAUAAAUUCAUCAAGGACGAGAAGGAGCCCUCGGGGAUUAUGGAGACCCCGUGUCCCAGCUUCGAUCCAUCCCCGGAGAUCCCGGCUCUCCUGGGGCUCGGGGACGUGGAGGUGUCCAGGUUCAGGCCGGUGGCCACCUUGGCUCCUCGGCCGGUGCUGGACGUGUCUCCAAACUUCCUGAUGGACCUGAACCAGCCGGAGCAGCUGCCGGCGCUGGGCCAGGUGAGGGCCGACUCCAGGUGCGGAUCAUCCGGCAAGACAGCCAUCAACUUUGACACCAACAUCCACGCAGCAGCAGCUCAGCAGUCGAUGUAUAAGCCCGAGGUGGCCCGGUGGCCGAUGCCAGCCGAGCAGCAGUACUGGUGCCAGUCCGGAGGUGUGACCGACGACCCCUUCACCCUGGGGGGCUAUGAGGGGAUCCAGAACCAGGCCCUGGCCCAGAGGAACCACUCACCCUUCUCUGGGUUCCCCGGUAUGCCGCCGCAGAGACAGUGUGUGAUUUGUGGCGACGAGGCGUCGGGUUGUCACUACGGAGUUCUGACCUGUGGCAGCUGUAAAGUCUUUUUUAAAAGAGCCGUGGAAGGCCAUCACAGCUAUCUGUGCGCCGGGCGAAACGACUGCAUUGUGGACAAAAUCCGGAGGAAAAAUUGCCCAGCGUGUCGCCUCAGGAAGUGCUACCAAGCCGGGAUGAUGCUCGGAGGCAGGAAGCUGAAGCGCUUCGGGCCCCUGAAGACCCUGGGCCUGGCUCCGUCCCUGAUGUUCCAGUCCCACUUGGCCAUGUCCGCCGACGCUCAGGCCUUGAACUCCAUGUCUUGCAUCCCGAGCAUCCGCGAGGUGCAGCUCAGCCAGCAGAUCCUCAAUAUUCUGGAAAACAUCGAGCCGGACAUCAUGUACUCGGGCUAUGACAACUCCCAGUCCGACGUGCCCAGUCUCCUGCUCACCAGUCUCAACCGGCUGUGUGAGAAACAACUGCUGUGGAUCGUCAAGUGGUCCAAGUCUUUGCCAGGAUUUCGUAACCUUCACAUCACCGAUCAGAUGACCCUCAUCCAGUACUCUUGGAUGAACCUGAUGGUGUUCUCGCUCGGGUGGCGCUCCUUUCAGAACGUCACCAGUGAAUAUUUAUACUUCGCCCCCGACCUGGUGCUCAGCCAGGAGCAGAUGAGGAGAACUCCGAUUUACGACCUCUGCCUGGCGAUACAGUUCAUUCCUCAGGAGUUUUCAAAUCUGCAAGUCACCCGCGAGGAGUUUCUCUGCAUGAAGGCCAUAAUACUCCUCAACACAGUGCCUCUCGAGGGACUCAAGAGCCAGGCGGUGUUUGAAGACAUGAGACAGAACUACAUCCGGGAGCUGACCAAGGCGAUCCACAUGAGGGACAAGGGCAUGAUGGCCAGCUCCCAGCGGUUCUUCCACCUCACCAAGCUCAUGGACACCAUGCACGAGAUAGUGAAGAAGGUCAACCUGUUCUGUCUGAGCACCUACAUCCAGGCCGAAGCCAUGAAGGUGGAGUUUCCGGAGAUGAUGUCAGAGGUCAUUGCCUCCCAGCUUCCCAAGGUCCUGGCCGGCAUGGUGAGGCCUCUCUUGUUCCACAGCAAGUGACGGCGCCGUGGACACUUCCUGCCACGGGAUUACUCAGCGACCCAACAAUUACAAAUGUAAUCAAGUCAUCUGUAAUUUGCCAAACGGCCUCUGACGCUCUUUAUGAGGUGAACUACAAUGAACAAGUUCCUAAGUUUCUAUACGUUUUAAAGUCGAGAACCAUCUUGAAUGUUAUGAACUCAGAGGCAUGAAUCCAUGAAGCUCCUCUUGUGUGAAUCUGGUGCAGCCGCCCUCUCCCAUCCUGUCCUCUGUGUACAGAUGGUCAACAGCUGGGGUGGAUAACCUCUGGAGAUAUUUUUGUACUAGAGCACAAAUAUUUAGUGUUUCUAACCCAAAGUGUUUCCUUAAUAAAGGAGAUGCAGAAACCUGCCAUUUAAAAUAAUCAUGUUAUGUCAGAAACCUUUGUCAGGGAGGAGUACCACUCUCUUUAAAACACGUGUUUAAACCAAUAGUCCUGUUAAAUUCAAUCAAUCUGCACCAAAUUGCACACAUGUAUAUAUAUCAGUCCUUUAAA